UUAUUUUAGAUCUGAGCUGGCGGGAAGAGUUGCUGGACCGAGAGAGCUGCUCUCUGUGUCUCUUUCUUUUUCAUUCCCUACUCCUCUCAGGCUGAAACUACAAUGCUGGGCUAACAGGGGUUAUAUACCUGCCAGGAAACCUAUAUGUACAUACUCCAGAAAGCCAUGAGGGAAACUAUGCCACAGACACCGAUAUUUUCCAGCAUGCUCGGGACAGGAUGUAGAGGACAGGUGCAACCAGACUCAGGCGAGAGGAAUGGCGAUCCUAUUUAUCAGGAUGGGAAUCUCAUUUCUGGAUCCCUGGAGGUCCUCAUCCAGCAUCUGGUUCCCACCAUGGAUUAUUAUCCAGAUAGGACAUACAUUUUCACCUUCCUUCUGAGCUCCCGUGUCUUCAUUCAUCCCCAUGAGCUCUUGGCUAAAGUUGGACACCUCUGCUUGAAGCAGAAGCAACAGCUGGAGACUGGAGUCGAAGCAGACAAGGGGAAGCUCAAGGCCUUUGCAGCGAAGAUAAUCCAGCUUCUGAAAGAAUGGACCGAAACAUUUCCGUAUGACUUCCAGGAUGAGAAAUCCAUGAAGGAGCUAAAGGAAAUUGCUCACCGGAUCACCCAGUGUGACGAGGAAAAUGGAACGGUCAAGAAGAUCAUCAGCCAGAUGACACAAGAUCUUCUGAUGGCUCUUGCUGCCCGCAAUCAGUACCAAGAGAUCCGAGAAAAGUUUCGCCAACCGGUGACCGACAAGGGUGCCAUCCUCAAAACUAAGCCACAGGCAUCCCAGAAGGACAUUCUGAGUGUGUGCUGUGACCCCCUGGUCCUUGCGCAGCAGCUAACACACAUCGAACUGGAGAGGGUAAGCAACAUUUAUCCAGAAGAUCUUAUGCAGAUAGUCAGUCACGUGGAUUCCCUGGAUAACCACAAGUGCCGAAGCGAUGUUACGAAGACUUACAAUCUUGAAGCCUACGACAAUUGGUUUAACUGCCUCAGUAUGUUGGUGGCGACAGAGAUUUGUAGGGUGGUGAAGAAAAAGCAGCGAACAAGAAUCGUGGAAUUUUUCAUUGAUGUGGCAAGAGAAUGCUUCAACAUUGGGAAUUUCAACUCCAUGAUGGCCAUUAUUUCUGGCAUGAAUUUGAGUCCUGUUGCCCGACUAAAGAAAACAUGGUCCAAAGUGAAAACAGCCAAAUUUGAUGUUUUAGAGCAUCACAUGGAUCCCUCGAGCAACUUUUGUAACUAUCGGACGGCUCUCCAAGGGGCGGCACAGAGAUCUCAGAUGGCGCACAGCAGCCGGGAGAAAAUUGUCAUCCCUGUUUUCAACCUAUUCAUUAAAGAUAUCUACUUCCUGCAUAAGAUACACACCAACCACUUGCCGAAUGGACAAAUCAACUUCAAGAAAUUCUGGGAAAUUUCAAGGCAAAUCCACGACUUCGUCACAUGGAAACAGGUGGAAUGUCCUUUCGAAAAGGACCGGAAGAUUCAGAGCUACCUACUCACUGCACCUAUUUACAGUGAAGAAGCUUUGUUUAUUGCCUCAUUUGAAAGCGAAGGUCCAGAAAACCACAUGGAGAAAGACAGCUGGAAGACUCUCAGGACAACCCUCCUCAACCGAGCCUGAGAAUUGGGACUUUUGGAUUUUAAAGCACACUCUACAAAACACUGUUUUGCUUUUUUUUUUUUUUUUUAAAUCCUAAAAGGCUUGGUUUGUGAAAGAAGGCCUCACUGGCUGGGGUCAGUUUUGUACAUAUAUAUAUAUAUAUAUAUAUGAUACCUUUUAUGAACGACUGAAAAAAAAAUGUGCUCGAUAGUAUUUCACGUCAACUUUAAGGCACUUAAUGAUGAUUUUUGGUCUUUUUUUUUUUUUUGAAAAAAGAAAAACUCCAAAUCAAGGGCAGGGCCCUGGUCUCAGAGAUGAAACGGACUGUGGGGAAGUAGAAUUCGUGGCGAUGUCAUCAAGAUCUUUAUUUUCGUGUGUGACGAUUUCUACCCAAUACUGUACAUGUACCCUCUUGCCAGGGAGUCGGUACUCUCUCAUUUUUUGAGAGGGGGUCUUGUGUGUGCCUGGGACUUCCUGGUGAAGAGCGGACACAUCGUGGCCUUGCGUGUGCCUGGCGCUUUCAUGGCGUGGAGCGAAUGCAUCGUGGUCUCGCGUGUGCCUGGCGCUUUCGCGGUGAGGAGCAUCUCGAAAACACUGACCCGAAGAGCAACCGAGUUGAUUCGAGAAUGACCCCCAGGUUAACUACGAAACUUAAAAGCACGGAGCGUUUGGUCAAACUACACACCUGUUUAAGGGAACUGAUAUUCCGAUAAGUGUGCUUCUUCUCGGCCACCAAGUUUCUAGCUAUACUUCACACUUUUUUUUUUCCCACCCUGGGUUGAAUCUGGUAAAGGAGUCACUUGGCUGGAGAAAUUUUAAAAAGGGUAAAUUUCUUUGUCUCGAGGCUGCCCUGGAUGAGUCAUUCGUUUGCUGCGAUAUAUUCCAUACUUGCAGAAUCAUCCCGAUUUUUUGUUUCUGUGCCGCUUUAUUUAUUAAUUUUCCUCCAGUGAUGAGGAAGGUGCUUUGCUUUCCUACUUAACACUACAGAUGUACAAUCCUUUGGGAAAUGUACAAAGCUGCUUCUUCCCCCAUUCCCCCAUCCUGUCCACCCGCCCCAUCCCAAAUUGUUACAUUGGCCAUUCCCACCUCCACAAGAAUUGUGAUUGCUUAGGAAGCUACAUUCAUGCGUGCACACGGCUGCAUAGAUUUCCUCCCUCCCACACCACCAGGGUUGGUAACCACUUACCUUCACUACUGGUUUGCAAAUGUGAGCAUGUGUGCAUGCGCGCUCACUUCGCUCAUCCAUGCUAACUCUGCACAUGGACAGAACCUUCCGCGCAGGCGUAGAGCAUCAAAAAUGGGACAUGAUUAUGUCUGGGUGAGUGGGCGGAGCCUCCCACAGCUGCCGCUAUCGGUUUGCCCGAACCGGAUAGAACCGGCUGGAUACUACCACUGCACACCACCAUCCCCAGUGAAGUGGAAAGGAUCACCUAGAAACAUACUCUGGUAUGCUUUAAAGAAAAUGGUUUAAAGAAAAUUGUAUGGUGAUCACGGACAAGUGAUAGAAGCCACAUCUGCACUGCCACACACAUAACAAAGGGCAGAGUUUCAAUCGCGCCAUCAUGGAUGCCACCUCGACUUAUCUUACCCUAGCUUGGGGAGUCCCUGUGGGAAAUUUGGGCAAAGAGGCAGCUGCCGUUCUGUCUCCUUCCCCACUUCAGGGUAACGAGCUGGCCUUCAGCCAAUGGAUUCAUGGCUCUUAUCAGUCCUGGCAGAGAAAUCGCAGCUGCUUGCCAAAGUUCAAACAAAUGACUCACAGAGUAAGACUUCAGCUCUCUUUGAAAUGGUUCAGCUAAACUUUUGCUCCCCGUGGAGUGCGAGUAGUCCCAAAGCUCCUUAUAUAUCCUUCCCUUUGAUGACGCCGCCUCUCUAAUCUUCUGAAGCACGGGUUAAUCCAAGCUUGAUUAUUAUUAUUAUCAGCUGCGUCUGAAGGCGUAGCCUGAGGUAGGGAGGAAUCAGGGGUUGACGGCAUCAUUACGUCCUCUGACUGGCCUGGUUCUGGCUCCUGGAGCCGGGCCAAAGGCAUCAGUGCUCCCAAGGUAAGCCUUACCGGCCCUUCCCCCUUACUCUCGGAGUCACUUUCAGGCAUGGGGCCAGGAACGGGGGCUGAAGUCACAACAGCUGCUUUAAAAGGCUUAGAAGUUCCAAAGCAGCUUCUUCAAAGGUUCUCCACAGCCCUACUUUAAACAGCCAACAAAAUCAAUUAAUUCUUGCCCAGAAUAUAUCCCUAAAGACAAAGGUGUUGCGUUAGUGGCUUGUCCAACGAACUGUGUAGGGAAAAAAAAAUGAUGUGGAAAAGUGUGGUACAGGAAGACCAAGUUAAAUCUUUCUUCUCCUCAGAUGUCAGGGCUUUCCGUUGACUCUUGAGUUGCUAAAAUGAGGCAACUUAAAGAAGCACACAAAAAGGAACAUUUCUCGUCUCCUGCUCCUUUUGCGGAUACCGCAGCCCCAAGAAAGGGGCCCUUUCAUGAAGGAUCAGAGGAGGCCUUCAUGAACAUGUGGGCAGGCCAUGAUGGCGUGAAGGAAACGGCAAACUUCUUUGAAAAAGAAGAUUGGGAAAAAAAAAAGAGAAAAGAUCCAAUUCUGAGGAAGCUCUGCUGGCAGGGCAAAAAGUAGGGAGCAAACAAUUUUUAAUCUCUCUUUUCUCAAGAUUUAAAAAAAAAAAUACAGAUUUUUUUUCCCCCCUUACAAGCAUUUGGUGUGAUACACCAUCUUAGAGAAAUGUUUUUUGCUGAUCUUGGAUGGGAGUAGAAAAUUCCAGGGCUGGAAGCUAGACGGAGCUUCAAAAUUGCCCCCAAAGUAGCAGUUCACAUCUAUGUAUUUUUAGUAAGAAAGUUGCUUGUAUGUGGUUGACACGGAGAGAAUCCAAGGAAGUCUCAGCAGACUCCUCGAAUCAACUCUCAGCAUGGCUUUUAGACCGGGACUGCAAACCUACAAAGGAUGGUUAGGGGGUGGCCAUGAGUUUACAACAACCCCUUUGCUGCCAUCUGGUGGCCGACUCCAUUUUUUGCAGCUCAGAUGUGACUGCCCCCAUAUUUGAUCAACCCGAAUUUAGAGGCUGGCAGAGCAGGGAUGGAGAGUAAUGUGCCUGUAAAAGUUUUUAUCCCGACUUUGGAAAGGAAAUCAAAGCUAACCCACCCAAACACACCUUGUAAACUCCAGGAAUGCUCUCCGAAGGACCAAAGAUUGCAGCUUGAAUUAGCUUGUGGUAGGAACGCAAGCCAACUUAAUUGUAAUGGGGAGCAUCCAAACGCAUCAUCUUCCACCCAAUUUAUCCUAGAUUAAGAUUCCCUGUUGCAUUUCCCCAUUGCAUUGCGACACAAAGAGACUUUUAGCAACCAGGAAUGCAGUAUUGGUGCCCUCGUCGCCACACAAGGAUUCUUCUCCUUCCUGUCUCUGGCCUUAAUCGUUGUUGUAGCAGCCUAGCUGCCCCCUCUCACAGCAGAAAUUAGUGCCUUACAUGGUACUGAAAUUGUUUAGCGUACCUUUUAGCGUCAGAAAACAAGCAAAUUAAAACUAGGGAUGUCUGGAAAAACCAGCUAAUGCUUUGUAAAUAACCUGGAGGAUAUCUCUGACGAAAUCAGCGUCUACCUUUCUCUGGAUUAAUAAUGGUGCAGCAGAAAUUAUUUUUGUUAACAAAAGACCAUAGGCGAAUCGCUCAAUUUUUUUUAUUUAUUUAUUUUUGGUUUUGUUUUGUAUCCCCCUUAAGAAAGUUUUACCAACGUUAAGAACUCUUUCAUUUGCAUUGGAAUUUUGUUCAUCAGGGAUUAUAAAACUUGAAGGAAUCGUAAUCUUGAGCAACUGGCGUUGGGGUAUUGACUAUUAUAACCUUGCCCAUAAAUACAAACAUUUGUUUUCGUGGAUUUCCCUAAAUCUACCAUAAGAGCUUGCAAGAGAUGCUGGAUUUUAUAAAGAGGACUUUUUUUUGGUCCGCGAAAAAAUAAAAUAAAAGAAUUGACAGCAUCUUCUCUUUUGUCUUGGCUCCCAGCUAAUUAUACAGAUAAGUGUUAUCUGUAUAACCCAGUGUUGGCGAACCUUUUCGGCACCAAGUGCCAAAACGGGAGCGCGCACGUGGGUGCGUACCAGAAACCGGGAAAGCAGCCAGCCACAUUCGCGCACCGGGCGGCUAAUCUUCCGGUUUCCGGUGCAUGCACGGGCACCAUCCAGCUGAUCUUUCGGUUCCUGGCAUGCAUGCGUGUGUGAAAACCAACUGGCCGGUGUGCAUGCGCAUGCCAGAAACUGGAAGAGCAGAUACCCAGUGCGCAUGCCCGCGCCGGGAAGAUAAUCUUCCGGUUUCCGUCGUGCGCAUGUGCACCGGCCAGAUGGUCUUCACCGAAAGACUUCAACCAGACGACCAGGUGGGCAGUGCACAUGUGCGUGCCAGAAACCAGUAGAGCGGUCACCCGGCGCACACAUGUGCAGCAGGCGGCUGCUCUUCCGGUUUAUGGGGCACCUGUAUACAUGAAGACCAGCUGAAUGGUGCGCCGGAACCCGGAAGAGCAAAGGGCGAUGGCUCAUGUGCUGGGAGAGAUGGUUCUGCGUGUCACUUCCGGCACACAUGCCAUAGGUUCGCCAUCACAGGUAUAACUCAAUGCAGUAACUCUACAUUAAGAGUUAAAACCAUGAUAAAGCUUGAUAGAUCGGGAGAACUUUAAGAAGAAACGAAAAACAUGAAAGUUGCCACCUUGUUAGAGUCUCAAUAGGCCAAUUGCUCACUGAAUAUAUAUUCAUAUUUUAAAAAAUCUCGCUAUCGAUUCAAUUCAUAAUUGUCCUGGCUGGAUUGUUCACUAGAAUUGACUUUCUUCGCUCUUGCUGAAUUCUUGGAUCCUGUUACGGAAUUGAGACCACAUAUUUUUUUAAAAGUUAUCUCCCAUCUUCUAUUUCCAUUAGAGCCAAGUUUUAAAUGUGUGUGUGUGAGUGUGUGUGUAUGUAAGUGUAUAUAUUUCACUGCCUCCUGUUAAUUUAUUCUGUUCUAAACGUGUUUUCUGAUCAUCGCGAAUCUAAUUUCUUGCUUCCUGGGUUUUAAAAUUGCAUUAGUUUCAGCGGGAGAAAAAAACCCCAGAAAUGGACAUUCAGCCUGUGCAAAUAAAUGCUUUGAAUGUCAGAAGGUGUGAAUAGAGGUGAUCCUUGACUUACAAUGAUUCAUUUAGUGACCAAUCAAAUUUACCCUGGAAAAAAUGACUUAUGGCCAUUUUUCACACUUAUGACCAUUGCAACGUCCCCCCACCCCCUCGAUCACGCAAUCAAAAUUCAGAUGCCUGGCAACUGACUCAUAUUUGUGACGGUUGCAGUGUACCCGGAGUCAUGUGAUCCAUUUUUACGACCAUCUGACAAGCAAAGUCAAUGGGGAAGCCAGAUUUGCUUAACAACUGUGUUACUGACUUCGCUGCAGUGAUUCGACUCAACAACUGUGGCAAGAAAGGUUGUAAAAUGGGACAGAACUCACUUAUCAAAUGUCUCACUUAGCAACAGAAAAUUUGGGGCCCAGUUGUGGUCAUAAGUCGAGGAUUACCUGUAUUGCAGCUACUAUAACCUUUUAAGGCACCCAUGUACUUUCCUAAGAGAAAAUGCGGCUGCGUUAAAAAGUUUGCAGAAAUAUUGCUAUGUUCUCACCUUUGGCUUCGAAAUCUGAUUAGUUUGAGGGGGUCUAUUAUCCAUUAGCAGGGACGUGGUGGUUCAGGGGCUAGGACGCUGAGCUUGUCGAUCGAAAGGUCGGCAGUUCAGCGGUUCGAAUCCCUAGUGCUGCCGUGUAACGGGGUGAGCUCCCGUUACUUGUCCCAGCUUCUGCCAACCUAGCAGUUCGAAAGCACGUAAAAAAUGCAAGUAGAAAAAAUAGGGACCCCCUUUGGUGGGAAGGUAACAGCGUUUCGUGCGCCUUUGGCGUUGAGUCAUGCCGGCCAUAUGACCACGGAGACGUCUUCGGACAGCGCUGGCUCUUCAGCUUUGAAACGGAAAUGAGCACCACCCCCUAGAGUCGGGAACGACUAGCACGUAUGUGCGAGGGGAACUUAUUAUCCAUAAAUGCAAGCUAAUUAUUUGAUUUUUCUAAGUUAAAACAUGAUUGGCUAUUUUGUAGCUCAGCUGUUGUCAGAAAAUAAAAAAGCCACUGCAUAAGGCUGUAAAAGGCUUAAAAAUUGGAUACAAGUUGAAAAGCAGUUUGGCCAAGUCAGAGAAAGAGAUGAUACCGUCCCCACGGGCUACAAUAAAAAAAAAUGUGGAAAAAAACCAAAGCCAGUUCUUUUUAAAAUAUAUAUUAAUUCUAAAACACAUGUCUACAUCACCAGAAUUCAAUUAGCUCAUUGUUACUCUCCAACUUCCUUCUCAUUAAAAUUUUUAAAAAGAUGAGAAACCCUUUUUAAUUUAUUCAAUAAUGGUUUACCAAUUUUACAUUUACGAGUUCCAAACGGAGGGCCAUUAAAAUGCUAUGAAAUCUGUGCAUAUGUACAUGGUGUAUGCACCAUAAAUAAAUAUUCCAUUCUUUUGAUUAAUACAUUAGAACAUCCCUCUAUCCGACUCAAAAAUAAAAAAAAUAAAAUAUUUUGCCAAAAGCAUUUUGCUACUUGCGUUCAGAUUGUUCAGGGCAGAUAGAGAAAGCAAUGAAAGAAACAAUAACAUUGAUUUACGCCGAUCAAAACAAACGUAUAUGAAUUUAUAGAACAAAAGAACCCCAGGAAGGCAGACAGAAUUAAUGGCUCGGUUUAUUGGUUGAGCUGCUGCUAUUCCCCCACCCCACCUCACCCCGAUCCUGAAGUAUUGAUUUUUGAUCCCAGUGGGAGGAAAAAAAAUAUUUGUACUGUAUUAUUUCAAUGAGGGUUUUUUUUUCUUUUUCUUUUUUGCACUUUGAGGGGGUCUUUUACUUAAAAACAUUGUCAAAUCCUACGAAAGGGAUUGUAUAUUUCAGGGGUCUCCAACCUUAGUAACUUUAAGGUUUGUGGACUUCAAUCCCAGAGUUGAAGCAAAGCUGGCUGAGGAACUCUGGGAGUUGAAGUCCACAAGCCUUAAAGAUACUAAGGUUGGAGACUCUUGAUAUAUUUAGCUUUGUGAUGUAUUUGAAAUUUACAACAGGAUGUUUCAAAUGUCAUAUAUGAGAAACACAGUUCUGGAACUCAUGAUGUGUAGGCAUAUUUAAAAAUAAAACCUAACAAAGCUUUGUUAUGAAUGUGCACUCCAGUGGUUAUCCGAGCUGGUUCCAGUAUAUCCUUGAAAAAAAAAACGUGAUUCCCACACAAAUUCUCAAAUUAUAUUCAUCCCCACUCCCCCUUACGCUUUGGUUUGAAUCAUCCCUUCAAAGACAUCUGUAUUUUGUUAUUGGGAACUGAAUUGCUACAUAUAAAAAGCUGUACCAUAAAGCAGGAUAUUCCGUGUUUGAGUUUGCUGUGCUUGCAUUAAUAAAAUCAAAAUGGCUUCAACCAGG